AUGCUCCGGGUGACCUCCGCGAGACAUAUGCUGGGGCGAUGCGGCCACCGACUGCGUAGCGGACCAGCAUGCAAAGAUCUGUAUGCCCUUAGCAGGCCGGUCAAUCAAAUCCAGCAGUUUUGCUCGCACUCCUGGCAUGGGAGAGUUUGGGAGAAGGUGGCGCUCCUGCUACUCGUCUUCAAUGGUCUACCCGCUCUGCUGAUGGGCACGCUCGCGGUUGUACUGACGCUCUCGCUGCUUGAAGCUUACCGCAUAUGUUCCGGGGAAGCUUGGUACUGCAGUCACUCAAUUAUCAGCACAAGCGCGGGCCUGGUCGUGACCGGUAUGACGUUCCUCUUCUGGCAGUCAAGAAGAGAGGUGUUCUUGGACAAUAUCUGUAUCCAUCAAGUAGAUGAGCGACUCAAGUUGGAAGGUGUGUUGAAUGUGGCCGCCCUUGUGAAACGGUCGAAGUCCAUGCUGGUUUGUUGGGACACCACCUACAUACGCAGGCUCUGGUGUGUUCUUGAGAUUGCGGCGUUCUUGCAGAGCCACGAGGAAGAUGCGCCGCUCCAUAUCAGGCCUGUGACGUGGGCGCCCGUCACUGUCAUUCUUUUUUUGGGCUUCUGCUCUCUGCUUGUGACCCUGGUCUCUGCGACACUGGUCUUGUGGGGCAAUGGCUUUUGGUCGGGGGGCCCGCUCGUCACAGUUGCCCUCGCAGUAUCGGUGUUCAUGCCGUUGUCCGUGCUCUGCCUUUCUUAUGCAAGUGCACUUUUGCGUGGUCAUUUCCGCGCAGUUGAUGCCAUGGUUGAGCAGUUGCGAACCUUCUCCCUAAAGCGCGACACAGUAUGCCACUGUUGCACUGCGAAUCAUCUUGAUAAAGAUGGGCAGCGCACUCCCUGCGACCGGCAUUUCCUCGAGGGGAGCAUCCGUUUGUGGUUCGGUUCUGUGGCAGAGUUCGACAAGCUCGUUCAACGGCAAGUUCGCGCAGCUUUCGAGCAAAAGCUGCACGGAUAUCCAGCACCGUACUCUUGGGUGAUUGGCGCCACGACUCCGAUCAUAUGGUCAAAUUUUUCCUAUUUCAUCGAGCUGAUGACCGAGGGAAAGUAUGCUAUGGCGCUUGCGGACAUGUGCUAUGUCGCGUCGUACUGGUUGGCAGUCAUACCCAUCAUGGCUGUCUUCUGGGCGUGUGCAGCCAGACGCCUCAAGACGCAGCAGAACCAGUGGUGGAAGGAGGUUCUCGUAAACAUUGCUUGCUCGUUGUCUGUGGUGGCAGUAUACACUGUGAACGCUCUGAUGGAAGGCAUUUUAAUUUCGUUGUUGCCCUUCGAGUGGGGCAGAGUGGCUUUCGCAGUGACGCAGGGGACCCUCUUUGCUGCUUUGAAUUGGUUCCUGUCCCGUGGUUUUUCCGCAAGGGCUGCGGCUUGCCAUGAAAACGGUCCACGUCCUGCCGCACCUUUCUCCCGAAGGGAGCUGUGCUCUUCGUCACCCAAAGGGGGUCCUAGAGGCUUGUGA